CUGUCUUUGUGAGCAUAAAGUCAUUAACGGCGAAUCAUUGUUGCGUAUCAAUGCAAUUAAUUCCUGCCGUCACGAGCAACAACCAUUCAAGCCAAGCAAACAGCCAAAGUAACAACAACAGCACCAAUACUAAGCAGCAGCCGAAGAAGCGAGCAACCAAUCAGCUAACCACAACCAAUGGUGGCAGCCAGCAGUCAGCAACAAAAACAACAACACCACCAACAACAGUAAAUAAUAAGAGUAAUAGACAUGCGACAUUAAAACUGCAAAGCGUCAGAAGCAAAGCCAAAGCAACACAUGAUAAACAUGAGCAAAUGCAUUACAGCAAAAACUCACGUUCACUUUCAUUCAAUUCAUUGACGCAGAUCCAUGCAAUUAUCCGCUUUAUCAUUGUCAACGAUUUCUCAACACUGCGCUUUUUUCAUCUUGCUGCUGCUUCUGCGGCCACUUGGCGUUGAAUGCCCCGCAAUGCGAAUGUUUGCAUGUAUGUAUGUAUGUGUUUAAGGCGAAUUUUA